UUCGUGGAGACGGGGCGUGCAUGUUAUUGAUGGGAAUUAUAUUUGUCUAAAAUGGGCUGCAAACAGACCAAGGUUACACCUUUCAAGCAGACAUCUCCCGAGGAGGCUCUGACGGGCAAGAUCAACUGCCCUCACGAGCUGUACUACGCCAAGUGUCAGGUGACACGACCCACACCCCGCCUGUCAGGGGCGGAAAUUCUUCAACAGCUACGAGAUGAGGGUUUGGUCCCCGACCGUCAGUCCAGCGGAGGAGUGGCCUUCUCUGUCCCCGCCGUGGAGGGGGUUGUUCCCAGUGGCAAAGCACCCCGACGUCUGGAGCAAAUCCCAGUGCGAUGCUUCUACACAGCUGAGAGGAGGAGACAGAAGGCUGAUCUAUUCCGAAUAGACAGGUUGGUGGAGCAAGUUCAGCGGAAACAACUGGACAGGGAAAUCAAGCACAAAGCUGUCAAGGACGAGAAGAAACGUCGCCAGUUCCUGAAGAAAAUGAGGGCGGAACAUCAGCUCCAGAUGAGGGAGGAGAAACUAAAGAAACUGGAGGAAGAGCGGGCGGCGAAGAGGAAGAAGCCAGUGGAGAAGUAGACAAAGGGGACCGCGUUGAUGAUGAUACCGGUUGGGAUAAAAAUAACAGCGGGUGAUGCCAAUA